UGCUCAUUACUUAAAUAUGCCAUAUGGGAGAGGGAGUCUGUUACGCCUCAAUGUUGCCUUUUGCUACAUCAUCUGUUGUAUAACAGCGACACAUUCAGAAACAGCUGGAAUACUUUCAUAUAGUCUCACAACAGGAAGAACUUUAAUGCAGGGUGACAUAAAGGGUUUUAGGGAUAUUUUGACUAGUCUGGAGUCAUUGUAUGUUGCCUCUAAGGAGCUUGGGCAACCUUUAGCACACAGUCGUUAUGUAUUUAACGACACUUUUUGUACUUGCACGAAAGAGUCUUCUGAUACGUGUUUAAUAGUAAGCACAGAGUCAACUAAUACGGGUCCAGGUGGUGGAGGUCCAGGUGGUGGAGGUCCAGGUGGUGGUGGUCCAGGAGGCGGAGGUCCAGGUGGUGGUGGCCCAGGUGGUGGUGGCCCAGGAGGCGGAGGUCCGGGCGGAGGCGGUCCAGGAGCAACUUCAAGUGAUCUAUACUGCAUACAAACAAGCUGUGUCAAAUAUCGCUGUGACUUAACCGGUGCAUAUCUAUGUAAGAGGAAGACAGUGGGUUCUCUUGAAUAUUCUGGUCCGCCUCCCCCAAACAACGAUCCGUCUCCUUGCGAAAGGGUUUCAACGAUAGCUACGUUUUACUACUCAACUAACUGAACAUAUAAAAGAUUCAAUAAAUUAUCGGCAAGUUUC